CCCCAUUCCUCCCACCUUUGUUUUCUUCGUUUUUCUUCUUUUCUCUACGACCAGCGACGACAACGACUUCGACAACGACUAGAGUGUUUGGGCAUUCCCGGCACGGAGGCUAUUUCCCAAAUUUUUUCACCCGCCAUCAACGACCCUUGACUUGCGCAAUUUUCGCCAUUCGACAAGGCUCUUUUAAUUGAAGGUGCCGCAACAUGGCCGAGUUCUCUCCUUUCGAAAUCAGUACUCCUCACAUUACCUAUGCCUGUCUGGGUGGAUUCAUCGUUGUGUUCGGGAUGUUUUCACUCUUCCUUCGGGAGAAGCUGUAUAUUGGAGAAGCUUGUUGGGCAUUUGCUUUUGGGAUUAUUAUUGGGCCAUAUGGCGCCAACAUUUUCAACCCAAGAGGAUGGGGCGGAGGAGAUGAGGCAAUGUCGAACACGAUUACGCUAGAAAUUACACGAGUGGUGUUGGCCAUCGGUGUUUUUGCAAUUGGAGUUGAGCUUCCAAAGGCGUAUAUGUUACGACAUUGGAAGAGCCUGUUCUUUCUUCUAGGGCCGGUCAUGACUUGGGGAUGGUUCGUCUCAGCAGGGUUCAUCUUUGCCCUCGUCCCCGGACUCAACUUCCUAUCGUCCCUCGCGGUCGCCGCAUGCCUCACACCAACCGACCCCAUCCUUGCACAAGCGGUCGUCGGCGGUAAAUAUGCCAGCAAACAUGUUCCCGCUCAUAUCCGAAAUCUCCUCGCAGCUGAAUCCGGAUGUAACGACGGAGCAGCCUUUCCAUUCCUCUACGUCGCCCUUUACCUCAUUCUCGAUCGUAACACCGGGUCCGCCGUUCGUGAUUGGUUGCUCAUCCUCUGGCUAUAUCAAGUUAUCAUGGGGGUCGCCAUUGGUGCCACUAUCGGCUUCACCUCUCGGUGUCUAAUGAAAUACUGCCAACGGCGGGAACUUAUCGACCGACAAUCAUACGUGGCGCAGUAUAUCUCCAUGGCUCUAUUUACCAUCGGAGUCUGUACCCUCCUCGGGACGGAUGAUCUACUCGCUGCUUUCUCUUGCGGAGCUGCUUUCGCAUGGGAUGGGUUUUUCAACCGUCAAACAGAAGAAGCGGUAUUCUCGUCUGUUAUCGAUUUGCUGUUUAACAUCGCUGCGUUUGUUUUCGUGGGCGCAUGGAUGCCCUUUAGUUCUUUUCAAGAUGCAGAAUUGACGUUGACCGUGUGGAGGUUGAUUUUGAUUGCGAUGUUGGUGUUGUUGUUCCGAAGACUUCCUGUCAUGUUGGCGCUUUACAAGUGGAUCCCUGACGUGAAGACGUUUAGAGAGGCGUUGUUCAGUGGUCAUUUUGGACCUAUGGGGAUCGGUGCAGUGUUUAUUUCAACCCUUGCGGCUGAUACCCUCAGGCAUGAGGCCGAAACUGCAUCGUCGCAAUCUUCACAAGCUCAACUUGAUUUUCUCCAACGAUCUAUUCAACCUAUUACAGCGUUUAUGGUGCUUUGUUCUAUUCUGAUUCACGGUCUUUCUAUCCCUUCGUUCUCCCUCAGUCGAAGGAUUCACACAGUGACUCGUACUUGGUCACGGCAUACCACCCUCGGCGCGAACCAACUCCCUGAUUGGACUAACCAUGCUACUCUAAUCAAGCAUCCGGAAGAGGUCAUUAUCAAUCGUGAUCCCGAUCUUCGACGAGUUCGUAGCCGGGACUUGGAAAGUGGAAUGGAAGGGAUAGACCAACGGUAUACCCUGCUUGAGAAGACGGAUUCACGAAACUCGAAGGGUAGCGAGUCGAUGAGGGAGACGAGUGAUGGAGAUAGAGAUCUACUCAGGAUCACUGAUCCGGAGGAAGGGAGAGAGGAGAACCCGAGCAUUACUGAAUGGCUUGAAGGACCGCAUAAGGUUAUUGAACGUCGGGCAGGGCCCGGUAAAGAGGUCGAAGUCGAAGUGAUAAGAAACUAUGGAUCUCCACACGCUGAAACCUGCCAUUUCCGAUGGCCUCAUGCGCACGCACGCGAACACCUACAUGCUUAUCUCUCGAAACUGAAGCACUUGGUCGAGGCUGUCGGAGAGGAAGGUCACGGCGUGAAUCGCAAGGAUGAAACCGGAACGUCUUUUGGCACCCAGCCUGACGUUUCGGGUAGCAGUACACCCUUAAUUUCGGAGGAGGACCCCUCGAACGUGCCACCACCAAAGCCUACGACUACGGAGCCGCUGAAUCUCGAUCGAGGCAGCGCUGCGGUGACAGCAACAGCAACAGCCAAUACCGCUCCUACUGUCCACCACCCAACGGUUGCGAGCCGAAAGGAUAGAUACGAGGACGAUGAAGAAGAUGGCUGGGCUUCUGAUCGAAGUGGAGGAGUUACCGACCAGGACUUGGGUUUGUCUGCCUACUCUUUGUCUUCAGCGCAGACACAGAUCGCCGAUGACUUGGAUCGUCGGAGUCGCGUAGGCGUUGGUGGCAGAUCUUCUUUAACCCCUUCGUCUUCGAUCAAAGGUCGGCGGGCGAGAAGGCUUCCUCGCAGGAGACACACUACCGAUGCAUCUACGUCUUACACGCAGUCGCUCUCAGAGGCUCAAGCUCAAGCUCUAGACGAGGAUGAUCAUCAUGAUACGAGAGACCGCUCGUAUAGACCCACGAACGUUCGACAUGAGCCUGUUCCAUCUCCCAAUCUGCCACGUAACCAACACCACCAUCAUCUGGACGGAAUACACGCUUUAUACGCACAACAUUAUGCGAGACCACAUCAUCCUCAUCGUGAAUUGUCCCCCUCUAGGUCCGUGAGAUUCCGAGAGGAUGCUAUUACGGCGAAUGGAAGAGGGAGCGGGACGAGUACACCGAGAUAUUCUUCUGUGUUCCACUUUGGGUCGCCUGGGGUUAAUGGAGAUUCGAGUGUCCCCGGUACUCCGCCUCCGGAAAGGGCAGAUUAGGGUGAAAAACGUUUCGAUCUAUGUUCGAGACUUCUUACAUUACAGGUGGUUGGGAAGUUAUUUUACGUAAAAUUUCUUUGAUACUUUCAUAUUCCUCUAUAAACAGCAACUGGUUGGUACUAUUUUUAGUGUAGAAUCUCUCGACGAGUCUACAUUAUGUAGCUGCUGACUUGUAUUAUUUACAGUCACUGUAUUUUUUAGUCGCAC